AUGGCAUUGCCAUUGGCACCGCGACGUGCUUCGAUCGCGUGGGAAAAACCAACAGCGACAGCACCCACAACAGCCGCCACGCUGACCCAGACAUCAGCUGCUGGCACAGCAAUACACGCGCCAACCGCAAACAUUUACAAACCCGUAAAAAUUACACUAAUCGGCGAGCCAUUGAAGCAAUGGCAAUGGAAUGCUGCCAGCAAUGGGAAGACGACUGCUGCUGUGCAAAGUAAUGGCAACACCAGCACAAUCAGCAAUGGUGGCGUCAAAGGUGUAAAGAGUGAAACGAAUGGUGGCGGUGGGGGUGCUGGUGAUGGUAAUUGGAAUGGUCGAAAUAAAAGUAACGGUAAUAGUGAUGGGAUGUGUAAUGGUCUCACCAAUGGCCUUUCCAAAGAGUUCAAGAACGGAUUGUGCAAUGGUGCGGCUGAUUCGUAUGGCAGCAAUGGAUAUUCUCGUACAAAUGGUAGCAGCAAUAAUUACAAGGUAAAAGCAAUUGGCGGUGUUGGCAAUGGCAAGCAGCUGGGUUGCGGUAGUGUUGUUGAUUUGCAUAAUGGCCAACAAAACCAGAUGAUCUAUCAGCAACAACAAAAUCAUCAUGUGCAUAAACCUCAUAUAAAACAGGCGCUGCUUCCACCAGGACAACAACAACAACAACAACAAAAAACACAACUUGCAAGCAGAAAUAGCCAUCAACAGCAGCAAAAGCCACUGCAAGUUUAUCAAACGCCAAAUGGCACUAAUGGCAGUAAUGCCAAUUUCAAUCCAACAGUUACUAUAGUCUGA